CCUGGCUUAUAUAGUUGGGGAAGGGUCUGGGUCCCCCGUCUGGUGCCUGCAGCCGCCCGUCAGCACGCGUGCGGAGGGCGAGGAGCGGUGGGGCUCUGUCUGUCUGUCUCUGUCUUUCUGUCUGUCUCUCUCUCUCCGUCUCUCCCUAGGAUUUAUGGACUUUACUUUCUAGAGGGCGGCGCGGCAAGGAUGAGAGUCCAGCUGGUGUGCGUGGUGCUGCUGGCCCUGGCCUCCUGCAGCCUCUGCUCAGAUUCAGAAGAGGAAAUGAAAGCAUUAGAAGCAGAUUUAUUGACCAAUAUGUACACAUCAAAGAUUAACAGAGCAAAACUUCCUUACUGGAAAAUGACCCUGCUAAAUGUCUGCAAUCUUGUCAACAAGAUAAACAAUCAAAUGGGGGAAACAGUAGAGGUAGAUGAGGAGGAUCUGGUUCCAGGAAGACAGUUCCCUGCUUCUCUGGAUGGCUUCAGCUUGGAAGCAAUGCUGACAGUGCAUCAACUCCAAAAAGUUUGCCACAGCAGAGCCUUUCAGCAUUGGGAGCAAGACACUUUUGAUCUAGAGAACUCAAGCCAAGAAAAGGAAAUCAUGAAGAGAAAAAAUCCCUAUAUUCUGAAACGGCAGCUACAUGUGAACAAAGCUAGAAGACCAUACAUACUCAAGAGAAGUCCAUAUUACUGAUGCAGCAGAAGAAAACAAUGUAUAUUUAGUUUAUAGGUAACUGUGUGUUAUGAUUAUCUUACCUAAAUCUAAAAUCAUACUUGUGUGAAAAUAUACUCUGGAAAAUCAAGGUGAUAACACAGCUGUGUCUUUUUUGCAAUUGCUGUUUCUUGAUUGUGAAUUUUUCCUACUUGAGAUUAAUUGGACUAAUACAUUUGUGAAUAAAACUAGUUUUUAAGCAUGAUGUAUUGUACAAAACUGAGAUUUCAACAUGCUUUCAAACAAUCUUGUAGGUUUUUUUCCAGUUUUAUAAAGCAUACCAAUAUAACACCAAGUAAAUUGAUACUGUCCAUAAAUCUUACUGAAAAUCUUAGAAUUUCUUAAUGCAACACCUCAAACAUGUCAAUGUUUCCAAAUUUUUUGAAUAAUAUAGUAGUUAGAACAGCCACUGUGUUCUAUGUUUUGACCAGAUUAAUUUAUUAAGGAAUAAGUCUAAGGAAGAAAAGGAAUGCUAUCAAUUUACUGUUAAGUGGAAAUUUCAAAAUGAAUAUUUAAAAUAGCUUGCUUGUAAGUGAAUUUUGAAUUUUUGAUUUCUAAUCUAUGAAUGCUCAGGUAAAAAACCAAACAACAAAAAACUGAUUAAUUUUUCUAGUGCUGUCACUGUUAAAAGUCAAAAUAGUAAUCUGGUUUAAUGAGAAACUUGGUGUUUGAAAGAUUAAUUAAAAUCAGAACAUCUUAAAAUUACUAUUAAAAGGCAUUUCCCUUCCCUCCCUCCACAAAUUUGUAGAAAACAGGAAGCUUCAGAGUUGAAAACAGUCUUGGAAGCUAACAGAGAAGGUGGGUCACAGCAUGGGAAAAUUUGUUUUCAAGACAUGAGGAAUAAACUGCUGCCUAAAAAUUACACAUUUUCCAGUUCUGUGUUCUUAUGUGUGCAUGAGAUUUAAGAUCUCAAUGAUUCUGGGUUCCAGUUAGGAGGAAAACAGCCUUAAAGGACUGGGGGCCAAAACAGCCAUCCAAAUUGAGAGGUAGUUCACGACCUGUGAAGCCUGGAUGCUCAGACCAGAAGGCAAAAAUGGGACAGACAUAGUUUUUGAAAACUUGCCUGUUUCCUGUUUGAAGCAUUUCCUCAAAGCAAUUCUUCUCCAACAAAUAGCCACACCAUCCCCCCUCAUCAACAAGCAAAAACAAACCAAACAAAGAAACAACGCUCCCACCUUCCCCACACAAAUGCCCCCAAACAACCAAGAACUCAACAGAAACCUCAAACACUUGGCGAAUAUUCAAAUGUUCUCACAAGUUUGUUACCCUUUGUUGCAUGAGGAGGGAUGGAGUUUAUAAAGUAAAAUGUAUUUUCACUAUAUUAAAGAUAAUUAUAUUUCCUUCUCUCACUGCAAAUAUUAUUAAUCAGUUUAUUACAUUCAAUAACCCUUAAAUGCUUGCACUGACAAGAAAUAACUGAGCAUACACUAAUUAUUGCAAUAAUCAUUAUGACUCAAAUACAGCAAAGCAAUUAAGUAAGUUCGGUUUUAAAUCCUUAAUGUGCUUAAAGGCUUUGCUUAAAUAAGUAAACUCAUACCCCUAACUUUUUUUAUGAAACACAUUGAAUUAGACUGGAGACCCAGCAUGCUCUCAAGUGGUUGAGAAACAUGUUCUUUCCAACAAAUCUCUAAGAUCCCUAGUCCUAUUAUGGACAUUUGCAUUCUAAAAUAUCUUUUGUUCUGAAAUAACAAAGCAGAUCAGUUUGUUCCAAAAUUUGCUGCUUGUACUACACAAGGAAAAAAUAAAAAGGAACUUCAGAUCACUUUUCCAUAGGAAAUCAGAAUAAGACAAAAAGAAAUAAGUUGCCAUUAUUUUUUUCUCUCAUGUUAAAUUUAAGAGUAUAAAAGCUGAAAAAAAGUAGGGUAAGGUAAUGUGGUUGUCAUCUGCUAGAGAACAUAAAUUUUCAGAAACAAACACCCUUCCAUGUCUCAUUUUGGAGGUAAUUUAGACAGUCUGUGGCAUAUGACCUCAAAUGAUGAUACUAACCGUUCCAUACUCAUCUAGUGUUCCAAACUAUCUUGUGACCAUGUACAUGUUCUUUGCAGCGCAGAACUAACAGAUUAGUCAGACUGGCUGGAAAUGGCAUUAAAUAACCCAUUUCCUUUCAGCAGACUCUGAAUCAACACGCUGCCAGCCAGUGUGUCACUGGUCGAGAAAGAGCUUAAAGUAUGGCAAGAAAGUACAGCUUGUCAGUUGUCCCUAGUCUCUGAUGAAAGUGUCAGAAGAAUGUCAUUAACUUUGAUAGUCUGAACUAGAUGAGGAAACAAACCCCGUGAUUGCAAGACGGUCAGUUAAACUAAAAAUGCCAGUGCUGGCUUUUCAAUUUAUUGGUCAUUAAUGAAAAGCAAACAUAGCAGUAUUAAAAUACUAGAAAACACAAACCAUAGAAUUAAGCCAACUACUCAGAGCUGUUAAAGGCAAUUUUUAAGUUUGGAAGACUUCCUUGCUUGAAAUCUCUUCUCUCUUUUAGCUGUUGCUACUUCCUGAUGGCCUCAGUGCUGUGAAAUUGCAGCCUUUCUUUAGCCUUCAUUUAUGGAUGAUGGCUAAAAAUAAUAAAAAAAUAAUAGGCUUAUGAGUAUUUGUCUCUGUUUUGCACUUUCUUUCAGUGAGAUCCUCAGAGUACCUGCCUCAUCCAUAGUUGCAUUGCCUGAAAUAUCCAUGCUGCUAUAUUACCAGCAGCAAUGAGUGCUGGAUGAAGUUCAAGUUAGAGGAGGCUAUCACAAUAUUUAAAGAAUUGCUAAUUUAGAAAGUUAGACAGUUCUUUUUCUCUCUUCUCUUCUCUUCUCUUCUCUUCUCUUCUCUUCUCUUCUCUUCUCUUCUCUUCUCUUCUCUUCUCUUCUCUUCUCUUCUCUUCUCUUCUCUUCUCUUCUCUUCUCUUCUCUUCUCUUCUCUUCUCUUCUCUUCUCUUCUCCUUUCUUUUCCUUUCUUUCCCCCUUCCCCUUCCCAUAUGUUUAAAAAUGUUAUUUUGAAGACCAUUAAUGAAGAGACUGCUUCCUUUUCUUAAAGGACACCUUUUGAUAUGGGCAAUUUUGCUUUAUAAAAACAGUUAUUGAGAAGUGAUCUCUCUCUUUCGAUGUCUUCAUAGGAGCACAUUUUUUAAAUUCAUUACUGAAUUUUUCAUUAAGUUCAUAGAUGAAUAAUUACAGCAAUUAUUCAGAAACUUCAUACUUAACUGUUUCUUAGACUCCUAAAAUACCGGACAUAUAUAUAUACACAGUUAUAUAUAUGUAUACACAGUUAUUGCAGAAACCUGCCAGUACUUUCUAAUGAAGAAUUAAAUGGAAUUGAGGUUUACUUUGAUUUUAUGUAUUUUUAUGUUAUUCAUAAUAUUGCAAAUGUCUUAUGUAUUUAUUUUUACAAAAGUAAAAUAGAGAAAUUAAUAAUUUUAUUAUCUCUGCAGCAUAUAUUUUUUACUUUUUAUUUAAAAGAAACAUAAUGUUAUCAAGUUUAGAGGCAGUGGUGAUAAAAUAAGUCUUCAGUUCUUAAGUCUUGCUUACAAUAUAAUAUAAAUUUUGCUGUUUUCUGUAUUUUCUAUUAUAAGUCAAAAUUUUGUUUUAUGUUUUAAGUAAGAAUGUGUAAGGAUGUGCUGUAAACAAAGUGGAUGAAACGUUGAGUUAUCUGACUAAGAGAGAUUUAAUAUUGAAAUGUA